ACAUCUGCAGCGUGUUCCGAGCCCAGGGCGCCUCCUCGGAGAACACUUGAACGCGCUCCCGCCGGGGGAGUCGAGGGGCAGAGUCGGGGGCUGGCGGAAGGCGGAGGCAAGAGGAGGGGCCGGCUGGUCACGAGAGGCUGGGGCGGGCCGGUGGCGCUCGGCGGCGGCGGGAGGGAGGGAGAAAGCGAGGGGCGAGCCUUGGGGAGCAGCAUGGAGUCCUCCGCCGACAGGUUGGCCACCGCCGCCGCCCGGGGUCGGGCCGAGGAGGUGCGGGCGCUGCUCGAGGCGGGGGCGCCACCCAACGCGCUCAACCUUCACGGUCGGAGCCCGAUUCAGGUCAUGAUGAUGGGCAGCGCCCGCGUGGCCGAGCUGCUGCUGCUCCACGGCGCGGACCCCAACCGCGCGGACCCCGCCACCCUCACCCGACCCGUGCACGACGCGGCCCGGGAGGGCUUCCUGGACACGCUGGUGGCGCUGCACCGAGCCGGGGCGCGGCUGGACGUGCGCGACGCCUGGAGCCGCCUGCCCGUGGACCUGGCUGAGGAGCGGGGCCACCGCGACGUCGCCCGGUACCUGCGCGCGGCCACAGGGGGCACCGAAGGCGGCAGCCAGGCCCGUACCAACGCCGCGGAAGGUACCGGAGGUGAGGUGGCCGUUCUAAGAAUUUGA